AUGGGCGGAGGUUCGUCCUCUCUUCGAGUGAAGAGUCGCUCGUCGGCUGAUUUGGAUAGGCUCAAGCCGACAGCCGAGCAGCGUACGCCCAAAACGAGGAGCCGAUUAGCUUCGUUAGCGCAGUCUUCAUCGAAGCACUUAUCGAAGUUGCCUUUCAAGCGCAAAGGAGGCAAUCGAGAUAAAGUGAAGUCGUUCCGAGAUCUGAUAUCCACAUGGCCGAUUCACGAUGUGGAAGCUUUGUACAGGGAAUUGGAAACAUCGCGAAUACUCUCGCUUUUACAUAAUGCAGCUAAUUCCGCAAGGCCGCCAGUGCCAAACAUUGGUGAAGAACUUCAUUCAAGCAAAAAUAAGGACUUCGUUCUCAGAAUUGGCGUAGGUGUCUUUCGAGGUAACUCUUAUCUCCUUCAUCGCCGCUUGGCUGUUGCUCGCUGUAGCGUUAUAGCAGACUUUCUCGAAGGCAAAGAAGUCAUGGAAAUAGAUCUUGCCAUUCCUGAUGGAAAAGCUUUCACAUCUAAGGAGAUCGGCAUGUUUAUCACUUAUCUCUACACUGACGUAUGGUCUGGCAGUGCAGAAAUGUUGGAGUCUUUACGCAGUUGUCUCGGUUGCAACCAAGAUUUGUUGACGAGUUUGCGGAAUGCCGAGAAAAUGGGUCUCGAAAAUGGGGACUUGAAUAUUGUCCUCACUUCUGCAGCUUCAGUUGGCGACGAGCCGCCUAAAGCGCAUCCCCCAGACUAUAGCAUCCGGUGCGACUCAUCAAUUGUGUCAUCAAGAAGUACAGUCUUUCGUGGGCUUCUUAACCGCGUUGGUGAGCACGGCCGUAUUGUUCUCGAUGAAACAUUACUCCCUCGUGGUUUCGCUCCAGUGGUCAUGCAUUUCCUCUACACGGAUGAGUUGGAUUUUUCAAUGAUCCCUGACACGACUAUCUCUCAGUCUUCGCUGUCGGAAGCACGAGCUAUAGUUGCUGGUCGAAGUCCACACUCACCGCUUCACAGAGCCAUACAGCUAAUUCACAUAGCUAAAUUUUUUGCUCUGGAAAAGCUUGUUCAA